AUGGUGCCCAUCGCGCUUUCCCCGGAAAUCCUGCGGGGGAUUCUCCCAACCCCGGGCAUUGGGUUCCUGAUCGCCUUGUUUUGCCCCAUCAUCGCCCUCCUCCUUUACUUUCAAUCCCGCCCGUCCUCUGCUCCUCUCCCACCCAAAUCCAAGUCGGAAAUUAUGGCGUCCGUCGGGCUGCCUCUUGCCACGAAGCCCAAGGCCUUUCCUUCGACUGGGUCAAAGAUCUUCCUUCCACUUGAGCACAAGGAAUUUGAGAUUCCCAAGACCUCCAAUUUGCUGGACGGAUUUCCAGAGACUUUUGAGUUCCCAACUCUGCAACCCGUCAGAUCUCCUCGUGUUGCACGCGGACGCGGCCGCGGCUGUGACCGUAGCAGUCGACGAGCUCCAGAUUUCAUCAGGCUGAUUAAUCUUCAGGGUUCGCCAAUCUAUCUGGGCUCGGAGUCAACCGGGGACUCCAAUGCUCCUAAAUUGAUCCCCGGCGUCGGAAAUUCUAGCCUCCCCCUCCGUCUCCAGCACGCUAAUCCGCACGAUUGGCUCCGUUGGGCCGUCAGCGACUCGACUGUGUUUGCCACUCAGGAGGAAGAGCUUCUUGCGGCCCGGUAUCCGGGGAAUAUCAUCGACCAGGAGGGUCUGAAGAACAACAUGUUCUUCCAAUAUGGACUUCGUUACGUUCCACCUCUCGACGCUGACAACUUUUAUCGCGCAAUUGUGAUCGAAGACCUCCCGCUGCAUGUUACCCUCGACCAGAUCCUCCCCCAAAUCCGGGGCGGUCAGAUCUAUUGUGCAUCCCUGCUCGAUACCACGCCUCGGGUUCUGACUGGGUCCCCGACCGCGAUGAUAACCUUCGUGAAUCAAGACGGGGCUCUCGCUUUCCUCCGCCGGGUUGCUCGAGAGGGCUUCUACGUGGGAAUCACACGGGUCCGGGUGCACCCGGUGCCCACCCCCACAUAUCUCAUGAGCGCCAGUAUGCAGAAUGAGGUCUUACGAAAUGAGCGGACUCGCUGCCUGGUCGUAAACUCUCGCAAUCCCACGAUCAAGAAGACUCUUCACGGCGUGCUCGCGAAGUCUUCUUUCUCGACUCACGUGGAGUGCUUCGGAGAGCGUGAGGGGGAAGGAGUAGUCACCGUUCGUUUUCAUUCGAUCAAGGUGGCCAUGCGAGCAUACGAACAUCUCAUGAGCCAAAAGGUCUUCCAAGGAAUCGUCAAAUUCGGUACUGACCCUUGCUGCCUGUGA